CAAAAAUUUUUAGCGCAGUGAUUACCGCUCGCUUCCUGGAUUCCUCUGGGUAUAAGUAUCUCCCCUUCCCCCUCUUGCUGGCCUUCUUUUUUCUACAUCGACAAGCUCCUCGGGUCUCUUACGACUGAUGGCCUCGGCCAUAACCACUGGGCUUCCCACCCGGAUAACGAUCAAAUGAAUCCUGGGUAUGUUUUUCGUCCCCUUUCAUGUUACCCUCUUUCUUUUUCGUUCUGUUGUCCUCUUUCUUCGGAACGUUUUGCCUCGAUGGUAGCUCCUACUUCGGCCACAGCUCCUGUUCCGACAGCAGUCUCGUUUUUGAAUUCUUCAAGUUCAGAUGACAAUGCUAACAAUUGGUGUAGUGGGAGGCCCAGCCAGCUCCAACUCAGCUGGUCAGGGGCAAGUGAUGGGCUUCUCACCGAAGAACGACCUGAUGAACACUGGGUAUGUUCUUUCCCUCCCCCUCACCUUCAGAUGACAAUGCUAACAGUUGGUGUAGUGGGAAGCCCACCCAUCAACCAAGCCACAAACGCGACAAUCGCUUGCUCUUGGCCAGCUGAUACUCACCUCUCUCAUGACCCGCACCAUGUCCAUCCUCAACUCAUGUUCGAGUACUGUGGUCCUUUCCAAACAUGUACAUCACUCCUCUUCUUCCCCCUUCCCCCUUCCCCCUUUCACCGUUUCCAUUUAUCAGCUAACACUCGCGUCAGACUUACCAAAAAACACAAAACCACAAAAAAACUCGAAAAACCAAAAAACACAAAAAAAAACAUUCACAACAUGUACAUCGCCCCUCCUCUCACCCCUUCCCUUCCGCUGUUUCCAUUUCAUUGCUGACGUUUGCAUAAGACUUACCCAAAAAAAAAAAGAAUCACAAAAAAAACACAAAAAAACACAAAAAACGAAAAAAAAUCAAAAAAAAGAGAGGGGGGGGAGAAGAGGGGGGGGGACUGGUAGCUGGAGAACUGACUGCCAGUCAAAAUCCCCCUUGCCAUUACCCCCCUCAGCAGAGAGAGGUGGACACCACUCUGCGCCAGAUGACUGGUAAGUACCAACUCCCUCCAUUCCCUCGAGACUCCAGCUAACAACCCCUCCAGUCCCUUCCUCACGUCUAUGCAGAUGCAAUGGGUGCCGACCUGACCCACCAACGACUCCCGUAACCUUCACUCCCAUCCUCUCAUCACAUAGUUGGGUCGGGUCGGGUUGGUCGCCCUAUUGCAUGUGGGGAGGAGGACGGUCACUGGUAGCACAGUUUGGUGGUGGGAUGGCGGCAGUGGGGGGUGGUGGUUGGGCUUCGGGGUGUGCUUUGGGAUUUG